AUGGAGAUGGAGAGCAUACUUCAAGCGGCUGCAGAGUUGCCCUUCCUGUCCCUGCUAAAGCAGCUGGACGACGAAGCGCAAGGAAUUCUGCUCCGUGCUAAGAAGCUGUCAUCCACAAUCGACGACCACAAGAAGCAGAGUGGCUGCUAUGUCGCAAAGGACCGCGUCCUCUGUGCGCUUGAACACUGGCAUGACCAAGGCUUGCAUUGUUUGAUGAAGGCCUUGCCUUCUUUGGCCGAUCUGUCGCAGAAGGUUCGCCAGGAGCUGCUGGAUGAAACGAUGCGGCUGCAGUCAAUGAUCAUUGACCCCUCAAAGCGAGCAGCUGCUGUGAAAGAACUUGAUGAGCUCAAGGCUGUGCAGGAGUUGGAGAGCUCGGUGUUCGACCAUGCCAAGAUCGAGAUCAUAAAGCUGUCAGAGCUGGCAACAAUGAGAAAUGCCGAAGACGACAAGGCGAUCAUGCUCGUCGUGGACCAGUUCAACUUCGAAGGUGUCAAGCCUCUGCUCGGGCCUCCUCCGGAGGAGGCGAGCGCCAAGAGCAAAGGAGGCAAGCCGAAGGCGCCCAAAAGCGCAAGUGCCACAUUCCUUCACCGCCUAGGCCUGAUAGAGCGAAGCGUGAGGACCAAGAUAAACAUCGCAAGUCAAAGCGUCUCCGACGCAAACAAGUUUGUCGUUGAGAUCCAGCUUCUACAGCAUGCAGAGCAGCACGUCGGCGGUUUGCUCGCUCAGUACAAGGAGCUGGAUCUCCAAGCCGAGAUAAGAGGCCUUCGCGGCAAAGCGCAGCAGAGUGUGAAGGACCUGAGCAAGAAGCUGGAGGAUAGCACGAAGAACAGAAAUUAUGAGCUGUGCUUGGAUCUCUCCGAGAAGUUGGCGGCUUUGUGCACAGAAUGGAAGACCGGAGCUAUCCUGGACGAGUCGUCUCUCAGGCAUGCCAACCAGCAAGUUGAGAAGGCAAGAAGGGCAGUGAAGAAUGUAGAAUCGCUGGCCCACACCUUUCUGAAGGGGCUGGCACGCCUCGAUGCCCGGAAGGGCAGUGCCCAGGAACUCUCCCUCGAGCUUCACAAGCUGCAGGCUUCUGAGCGCCAAGAGCUCCAGGAAGUGUACGUCUCCACACGCGCAAUGUUGGACACGGAGCUCAAAAAGUUCCUGGCCAGCGUGAAGGAUGAGGUCUCUGCAAGUGGCUGUCAUCGCCUGGGCAUUGAGGCCCUUUCCUUUCUGAAGACGCAGCUGGACACUGGCUUCGGAGAUUUCUUUUCAGAUGCGCGCCGUGCUGUUUCUGAUGAGCUAUGCUCGCUUGAGGACAAGGCAUCGCAGCAUGAAGAACUUGUGGCGUCUACCAUGCUGUGCUCAGAGCAGCAGAUCUUGCUUCAGCGGUGCAAUUUGGAAAGAGCACGCGAUGCGGCGAAGAACUCGUACUGGUGGAGCUACUGGUACAAGACAAGAUAUGCACAGCAACAGAGUGUGCUGGAACAGAUUGUGGAGAGUCGGGUGCAUGAGGCAAGGCACGAGUUGCGGGAGAAAAGCUACGAAGUCCUCGGGCGGCAGGUUGUCGGCCUACAACGCCUGCAGCAGCACAUGCAGGACCACCUGACCUCGGGGGCCCGAGUGCUGCUCCACAACUUCCUCAAGGAAAUCAGUCAUCACGUGAGCGCCAAGCUUAAGCUCGUAGUGGAUGGAUUGAAGCAAGCUGGGAUGUCGGCGGAAACCUUGGGUUCGUUCCUGGACAUGACCUGCCACUUGAGCAUAAUUCCCGAGAUUAAGACGCACCUGCCCGAGUUCCACAAGUCUUUGCAAGUGUUUGCCGAAGAGGAGAUGCGCAAAUUUGACAGGGCUGUUGAUGAAGUCGCAGCCAAAGAGGCCGUGAUGGCAGCCACUGACCUCAAAGCCCUUGUAGGCGUGAUGACGACAAAAUUCGUCCGUUACAGGCAGUUGCUCCUGGAGUUCGGAGAGCUGUGUGAGGAAGCAAAGGUCAGCUUGCAGGCUUUGGAUGAUCUCCAAGAGCAGAGGCUGGGUGGCCAACGGCUUGCAAGCAUCGGGCAGCACUUCGCCAUCCUUGGUGUCAGCCUUGAUGCGACACCUGAGCAGAUCAAGCGCGCCUUCCAGACGAAGAUCAGGUUGUACCAUCCCGACAAGCAGCAGGGACAACGGCGCAGCCAGCUCAACAUGGAGGAUGUGGAAGCUACUCGCGUGACGCGCCAACUGACUGAAGCAAAGGAGAAGCUCGCAGACCGCAAAGCAGUCAAUGACUUUCAUGCCUCGCUUUCGGGCCUUUUUGCUGGCAGGCUCAAGUCUAUGCAGGGAGCCGCUCACUCGGAGGUGGAAUGCAUGCUUUCAGAGCAAAGGUACGUGCCCCUGAAGAAGUUCAUUGCCUCACUCAGCGAGAUCGAUGCUCACGCUGCGCAGGCGUUUGGCCUGGAUGCCAGCCGUAUGCAUGCAGAUGCCCUCAGAGCGGUGGAGGCGGAAGUUGGCCGACUGAAGGUCAGCAUCCGGCAACUUUGGGACCAGAGGUCGCUGAAGGAGUUGAACCUUGAAUGGAGCAAGGUGGAGGGCCUGGCUGCGUCGGGCCUUGGUGGAGAGGGCUUGACCAAGACGAUCCAAGAGCAGAUUGAGACCUAUGUUGAAGAGCUUGGAAAGAAAGCCCGAUCGUACGUCGAGGCAGGCCAGGUUCAUGCCAACCAAUCCAAGCAGGAUUUCGCCAUGCACCUAGUUCUCCUCGGCCGUGUCUCCAGCUACCUCACGUUCUUCAAAGACCGUGCUGAGUUUCAGAUCACCACGGCUCUGAGCGAGUGUGAGGAGAAGCCCUGGGGUGCCAUCUUCCUCUUCGAGCUUGGCAUGCUUCUAGGGCAGGGUAAGGUAGGGGAUGCCAGAGAAGGCCGUAUCAGUGAGGACGAUCAGUAUGUUGGCAGGGUUCUGGUCACCGAGUUCAAGCACUUCAAGGAUGUGCACGUGGUCAUGUGGAACCGGCUUACGAGCCGCACUCACAAAGCAGUGCGUGAGACCCUUCAAGAGAUGGAAUCCAUUGCCUUGGACGGUUCCGGGAAUCGGGAGGCCCGUGAAACUCCCGUCGAAGCCCUGAACCAUGGUUGGGAGGAAUACAGCACUCAGUUCGACGAGUACCUGCAACAAUGGAUUGAGGGAGACUUGGAUCAAGAGCAGCUCGCGCGAGCAGUGGUGCAACUGGCCUCCGGUCUGCAUCCCUGCAUUGGAUCCUCCUGGUCCGAAGAGAUCAAGCAGAAGCUUCCAAACCUUCUGGCAGGAAUUUUCGCGCUCUUUACCAUCAUCCGGUCUGGAGCCGCCUACCAACGCCACGCCGAUGCAGCUUCUAGGUCAACGGACGUGUGCGCAACGGAGUCGCCCCUGCCCGAUGCCGUGAAUGCUCAGGAGCUGCUCAUCAAGCCCCACAGUAUCCAGAUCUUGGCCCUCCUCCGCCUGAUGGGGUACGGAUCCGACAGCCAGGGGCUUGACGACCAUGUGAUGCAGAUUCCCACGGGCGAGGGAAAGAGCAUUGCAUUGGGAGGUGGCUCGGCGCUGCUGGCCUUGAUGGGCAUCAACGUCCGCUGCAUCUGCUACAGCGACUAUCUCAGCCAGCGGGACUGGCGGGCUUUCCGGGAUGUCUUCGAUGCGUUGAAGGUUGACCAGCUCAUCAAGUACAGCACAAUCACAACUUACAGUGAGGAUUUGAUACACCGUAAAGGUGACAUCCGCAGUUUGACUCUCGAUCUUGUCGGCGGCCGCCCUUCAACCGCGGUGGGUUCUGAUCGGCUGGACCGACCGCCUGCCAAGGGCGGGAAUCGAAUGGCAGCAUCUCAAUCGCCUGUGCCGAAAAGUGCGGCGGCAGGGAGCCCACAAGUACCAGACGCAUCCGUUGGUGAGCAGAGCACCGUUGCAGUGAAGGCCACAUUGGACUCUCGGAGAUCCCGCCAAUUUCAGGAAGUGCUGCUGGUGGACGAGGUUGACGUCUUCUUCGGCCAGAACUUCUAUGGCAGAACGCACAACCAAGUGGCAGUUCUGGAGGCCCAGGAAGUAGUGCAGCUUUUCCUGGAGAUCUGGGGGCUCCGUGACCAGAGAGACCAAGUGGGGCGUGUCUUGCAACAUGUGAAGGCAAACCCGGCCUUCAAAGCUGUCUUGGACUUGUUGCCGACCUUCCAGGAUCUCGUAGAGGCAGAGGUGGUGCAGAUGUGCUGCGACCUCGCGCAGUUUCACAGCAAUAGCAGCAAUGGGGCCGAAUACAUCUUCGAGGGCAACGCGGUUGGAUACAAAAUCCUGGAUGGUAUUGCUUUCGAUGUUGUCCAGGGCUAUCAGACAGCUUUUGCAUACCUGCAGGAGAAUGCAAGGGGAAAUCUGAAAGAUAGCUCGCGGACAUUGAGAGAGAAUUUGACCCUGCGCAUACCAUGUGGAAGGUUCUCGUACGCAAAUCUCAGCUGCCCGAAGAUCUUGGGUGUCUCCGGCACCAUUCAUGAGCUGGGCAGGUACGAGACUGAGAUCAUGCAGAAAUAUGGCAUCAGCAACUACACCAUCAUGCCAUCCGUCUAUGGCAAGAAGAAAAUCAAGUUUCUGGGCGAGCCGGACCACAAACCGAUUAUGAUCACAGAAGAUGGCCAACACUUCUUCACCAUCGCAGACCAGGUGAACGCUGUGCUGCAGGCUGGCCGUGCAGCAAUCGUGUUCUUCAAAGAUUGCGAUCACCUGGCUGAGUUCGAGCAGUCAGCAUACUUCGGCAAGAUUGUAAUCAAGAGCGUGCUGCGCCCAGAUUCUUCCGAGAAGGUCAAGGACGACAUCGUAAAGAAAGCGGCGACAGCCGGCCAGACGACUUUGGCACCUGCGAUUUUUGGUCGCGGUACAGACUUCGCAUGCCACGAUGACAAGCUGGAGCAGGCGGGCGGAGUGCAUGUCAUUCAGACGUUCGUGAGCGAAGACAGAAGCGAGGAGAUUCAAAUCCAGGGCAGGACGGCCCGGCAAGGAAAAAGCGGGAGCUACACCCAGAUCUUGUCCUAUACAGAGGUUUCGAGUUUCGAACUUGAUCCAGAUCAACUGAAGAGCAUGCCCUUCAUGGAGCAGUAUCGGGCACUCUGCAGAGCCAGAGAAAGCAGGCAGUUGGAGCGUGGGGCAGAGAAAGACGCCGCCCUGCAAGAGGCAGGAGCCUUGGAUGCCUUGUCACACGAGUACUUUGACGCGUUGCUGGCGAGCCAGCGUGAAGAGGCCAAGAGCAAGCUUCAGAAUCUUCACAAGUCCCUGGCCACGGCACAGGGCAUGUCGAGCGGAAAGUUUCAUGUCGUUUGCUGCUAUGACGAGUCCGGAUCGAUGGACGGCAUUUCCUGGCAAGAGCUUGUGCAUGCUCACAGGACUUGCAUGCAAAAGCUAGCCUGCCUUGGGGAUGCCCGGGUUUCGAUUGUACAGUUUGAUAACCUUGCACAUGUGGUGCUGAGAAUGGGUACGCCUUCUGUAGCCGAAGGCAUGGCAUUGAACAUGCGUGGAGGGAGAACCCAUUUCCGCCCAGCACUUGCCUGUGCGGCCCAGAUGCUACGCGAGGGCAAGCAGCACUUCCCCAACUUUGUCCCCAUGCUCAUCUUCAUGUCGGAUGGUGUCAACGAAGAUGGAUGCUGCAGCGCUAGCAUCCAGAGCAUCCAGCAGGAGUUUCCAGACAUGGUGCUCCAUGCCAUCAUCUUCAGGAUGCCCGACUCCGCGGUCCUCCGCGACAUGGUGGAUGCAGCGACGGAGGGGCACUUUCACGUGUCAGCUGAUGGAGUAGAGUUGGCCGAGACUUUCCAGUCCAUCGCCAGCAGCCUGGAGUUUACGGGCAAGCGAUGA